CUCAGAAGUAACAGGAACUUGUUUUUCUCUCCCAUUUCUUUGGUAUCUGCAGUGAAUGUCAAAGGCGUGCGCCAUGAAAGAACAUCCACUUUCUUCGACAUACCCGCUGUGACCCACCCACACUCGCAUCCGCAUCCGCACUCGCACCCACAUCCGCAUCCGCACCCGUACUGCUACAGAUUUCCAUCAUCGCCACCCGCGGGCAUUCUGAAAAAGAGCGACGAAGAAACAGCCACCGCAGCCGCUGCUGCUGCCGCCGCCGCUGCCGCUGCAGCUGCUGCUGCGUAUUGCAGUGACGUCACCUCGGGACAGCACUUCCAGCACCACACGAAGAUCGAGCACGCGGACUCCACCACGACGGCGGCGCAGCAGCAACAGCAACAUCAGCAGCAGCAGCAACAACAGCACCAGCAACAGCAGCAGCAACACCAGCACCAACAACUGCAACAGCAGCAAUUGCAACAUGCUGCGGCCCUUCACCCGCACCAUCAUCACCACGGACAUGGACACCACCAGCAGGCAGAGCAGGCCCUGACCCACCUAACCCCCUUGCACGCCGCAUCCGCCUUCAAGUUUAGCCAUACGGCGGUCAUAUCUAGUUCUGCAGUGUAUGCCACACCCCCUCAUUACGCCCACCAACAGCAGGCCCAAUCGCAAUCCCAUGCUGCCGUCUAUCGUGACCUGUCGCCAACCUCGGCAGCGGCAGCAGCGGUGGCGGCAGUGGCUAGCGACGCGGAUCUGAAGUACGAAAACGGUCCCUACAACGCCACCAUAUCCUCCACCUAUCCGGCAUCCUUGAGGCCCAGUGUAGUGGACUCAACCACGUCCAGCGAUGCGGAGCUGCGCUUGGACCACUUUUACGCCAGCAACGGAAUCUCCACCAGCAGCAAUGGCCAAACCAUCAGCCAGCGGCGGGGGUCGCUGCAGCUCUGGCAGUUCCUGGUGGCUCUUCUGGAUGAGCCUACUACGAGUGCCAGCUGCAUCGCCUGGACAGGUCGCGGCAUGGAGUUCAAGCUUAUUGAGCCGGAGGAGGUGGCUCGACGGUGGGGCCUGCAGAAGAACCGCCCCGCCAUGAACUACGACAAGCUAUCCCGCAGCCUGCGCUACUACUACGAGAAGGGCAUCAUGCAGAAGGUGAACGGCGAGCGGUAUGUCUACAGGUUUGUCUGCGAUCCGGAUGCCCUGUUCAACAUGGCAUACGGCCACCUGACCAACGGAUCCAGCAAGGGCGACCAACACCAACUGACCCUCGCGCUGGCCAAGACGCCGCCAAGUACGGGCGACUCCCAAACGCAAUCUUCUCGAGUCGCCAAGUCGGAUUACUAUGACGCCGCCACUCUCCACAAGUAUUAGCUCUGGUGUGGGCGGAGCGUGGGAAUGCGGCCAAGUGGGCGUGCCCAAAUCUCGUGUACAUUGUGUAAUCUAGUUGCGUGUGUAUUAAAUGGAGUUUGGCGCACGAUGAGCGGGUGGAAGUACGCUGUUCAAGAAAGUUUAUUGAUUCCAAAGUCACCGAUCUCAUCAGAACCACAUAUGCGUAUGGUACUAUAUACGACGUUAAAUAUAGCAUACUUACACGCCUACAUAGAUGUUCAUAUGUGUAUAUAGCGGAGAUAUAGAAACAACAAUGUGUCCACAACUAAUAGUAGUUUGCGUUGAGGUUGAGUUACUUAAAUAAAAUAUUAAACCUGUUUCGAUUGGCAGUACCAAUGAAAUUUGGCGGAUAUGGAAGAGCAGAACAUUCAUGUUUCCGAAAACUAAGUUGAUUAAUCUUUUUUUUCCAAUAAAUAUUCAAUUCUUCGACUAAAGCAUAACGAUUAUAAAAAACUUACUCCAUUACCGCCAGAUUCCCUUGGCUGGAAAACCGGGACAGAACUUUA